AUGAGAUCACAAGCUGACCCUUUGUUCUCUGAGUAUCUCUUAAGGAUUGGCAAUGGAACCGAAGAAACGAUAGGUGAUGACUAUGUGCGUCUCCCUGAGGACAUUGUGAUCGGUCAUACUGAUGAUGAAACCACAAUCAAUAGGCUAAUCAAAGAAGUUUUCCCCUCUCUUAGUGCCAAUGCUAAAUCGGGAGAGUACAUGAGCUCGCGUGCUAUUCUUUCCAUGAAGAAUGACUAUGUUGAUGAGCUGAACUCCAAGAUGAUUGACAUGUUUCCUGGCCAAGAGAAGGUAUACCAUAGCUUCGACUCUAUUGAGGAUGACUACUCGUACAAUUACCUGAUUGACUUGGUGAAUUCGCUCACCCCAAAUGGAUUGCCAGCACAUGUGUUGAAAGUGAAGGUCAAUUGCCCCAUCAUUCUGCUACGGAACCUCGACCCUCACAAUGGCCUCUGCAAUGGAACAAGGCUGAUAAUUAGAGCCUUCCAAGAUAAUGCAAUUGAUGCAGAGAUUGUUGGUGGGCAACAUGUUGGGAAGAGGGUCUUUAUACCGAGGAUCCCUUUGUCACCACCGGAGGACAUCUCGCUUUCCUUCAAGCUUAAGAGGAAACAAUUCCCCAUCCGCCUAAGUUUUGCGAUGACCAUUAACAAGGCGCAGGGCCAGACCAUCCCAAAUGUUGGCAUUUAUCUUCCAGAGCCGAUGUUCUCCCAUGGUCAGCUGUAUGUUGCCUUGUCAAGGGGUGUAUCAAGGCGGACGACACAAAUUUUGGCCAAGCCGAACAAACAGAUUGAUAAAUCAAGAAAAAGCACCAAGAAUAUUGUAUAUAGAGAUGUUUUAGAGGGAUGA